GUCGAGACCAGCCGAGACAGAGAUGAGUCAACAAAAGUCGAGAUAAGCUAAUGAGCUUCACUUGUGAUCCUUUCCAACAACGAACGUGCCUAUUUUACAUAUGAAACACACCAGUGAAUUACAAAGAAAUAUAUAUGCAUGGGACGUUCUACUAUUUGGGAUAAUAAUAUCGGCGAUUCAUUAGUGAGUUACAACAGUUGGUACAACAAUGUCUGCGACUAUUGAGAAUUAUGUUGAAAAUUGCGUCGAAGGAGGCGACUUCGGGGAUGCUUUUGGUUACGGAAGGAGUAAUGGGUCGUCUUUUGGAAACCAGGUUCGAGAGGCACCGACCUUGCGAUAUGCCACUCACUACAACAUGAACAACCCUAAACGAGGACUGGCACUGAUUUUCAACCAUGAAUUUUUCACUGUCAAUCAACUCAAAUCUAGAUCUGGUACAAAUGUAGACUGCGAAACUUUACAAAAAUGUCUGUUUAAACUUGGCUUUGAAGUCAAGGAUUUUCAAAACUUGACCUUUAAAGACAUACAGAAGAAUUUAGAAAAAGUUUCAGAAUUGGAUCAUACGGACCAUGACUGUUUGGUUGUAGCUGUACUGAGCCAUGGGGAAAUGGGUAUACUUUAUGCUCACGAUACUCCAUACAAGGCCGAUACUAUCUGGUCAUUUUUCACUGCUGAUAAAUGUCCAUCACUUGCUGGAAAACCGAAAUUGUUUUUUAUCCAAGCAUGCCAGGGUGACAAGCUAGACCCUGGAGUAAGCCUGAGGGAACGUACCGAAACAGAUAGCCCUGGCUCACAAACUUUCCGCAUACCAUCUCAUGCCGACUUCUUGAUUGCUUAUUCGACUAUUCCAGGUUUUUAUUCCUGGCGGAACACUAACCGAGGAUCAUGGUUCAUGCAGGCAUUAUGCCAGGAGUUAGCAGAAAAUGGUACAAGAUGGGACCUGCUUACCUUGCUCACCUUUGUUAGUCAACGUGUCGCCAUUGACUAUGAAUCCAACACUCCUGACAACGUCACUAUGCAUCAACAAAAACAAAUACCGUGUAUCACUUCGAUGCUAACACGAUUAGUCAGAUUUACAUCGCCGAAAAACGGAGUUGCAUCCAACUAGACCUCGGAUCCAUAACUUUUUUUUUUUCUAUGUUUGCCAUAAUGGCCGACCAAAUGAUACCUUUGACAGAAUUGGUAAUUUUCAUUCUGGGCAAAAGGUAUAGAAGUGUUUUUCUUUCCCUCUUCUAUGGCAAAAGUUGGCCAACAACCUAUAUCUUGAAAACUCACUGUGCACAACUACUUAUACUACCUUAUCUAGGCUACUUAUCCCUACAGCUCUCAGGUGAUAGUUGAUUACCACGUGUGAUCCAACUAUAGAAAUGCUGGAAUCAUGCAUGUGAUUAUGCAAUAUUCAGCAACUAUCAUUGAGCGUGAAAUGACUUGUUCGAGUGAAGAUCAACGGAUCCGAAAAUUCGUUGUUCAUUUUCGAACAAAGCUAUUUUUGGAUUGUACGAAUUCGAUCUCAAACAUCGUAAGUAUUGUAGGCUCACUUUGUACGAUUAUUGUUAUUUUUUACCCACUGCCAGAACGUAAACAAACUGCACCGAUUGUUCAGUUCUGUAACGUACAGACUCAACGUUACAGAUUACAUUAUGUUUAUUAUUAGCCCUACGCGCGGUGAGUGAUUAAUAUUCCUAAUCAAUUCCUACCGUGUCGGUACAACGUGAUAUUUUACAGAGAAUUCUGUAGGUGGUCGUCUAAGGUGAGAAACCCAUAAAGAUUCUUAUGCGGUAUUAAAUUUCUCUAAUUUCGCAGUAUCUGAUACACGUACGUAAAUGUAGUUGAAGCUAAAUUUGAAAACACUUUUUAUACGUAUCUUUGUACACUAUGUAAGAAUUUUUAUAGCAUAAAUAAAAGAAAAAAUUUGUACAACGAA